UGGAGCAGCUUACGACCGCGUUGGCACCAGGGACAGCAUCAUGAUCCGUGUUCCUGACCACACCGUGACGUGCCACUUGUGUGACAUGACUGGACCCCUCGCUAUUACGUCUGCCAAUCCCAGUGGAGAACCAGACAGCACCCACCACAGCAUGGUCAUCAAUCGACUGGGGCACAAGAUACAAGGGGUCCUCUGUGACGGAGAGUCCAAUGAAGUUGUUGCUUCAACUGUGGUCAACUGUCUGAGCAUUGAUGAAGGUAUCAUCACYAUUGUCAGAGAAGGCUGUGUCCCUGCGGUUAAAGUUCAUCAGAUCUUCGAAAGGCUGAAAAACACAAUGUUGUGAGCGAAUCCUUCCRGAGGACUUCUUCGUAGCUACGUGUGUGGGUCAGCUSCARAGCCAAUAUUUAAUACCAAAGCUUUGUUUAUAUUAGAUAUAUGUAAGUGUAGCUGCCAUUGCAGAUGUUUAAACUCAAGUGACACUGGACCCUAGAAAUGCAAUGUUUACUUUGACUUGAAGAAUUUCCCCUAAAAUAUCCUAACUUAUUAAAAAUAAUGUUUCUCUGUCAUGUUAUUCUGAAACUGCUUUUUUUUAUUAU